AUGAGUAAGGGUGAGCUGGGAAAAGCCUUGAGCAAGAAUGAGAAUUUGGUGGUUUCUAAGAGAGGGUGUCCAUUUUGUUUGGAUGCUGUCGAGGUGCUGAAAGAGCGGAGGGUUGACUUUGAUGAGAUCAGGAACACUGAGAAUGAGGAGCUUUCGAAAGAAAUAGAAAAGGAAUAUGGGUUUUACACAUUCCCUAAGAUUUUUCUUAAGGGGAAGUUUAUCGGAGGAGCAAGUGACUUGAGGAAGUAUGUGACAACAAAGGAGUUUCUUGAUGCCUUUGGGUCCGGUGAAAAAUAA